AUGGACACGUCAGUUUCCCCCGACUCCGCGCCUGUCCCAGUUGCGCGGCUCCCAGCAGCCCGCCGCUACCUCCGCCGCAUCCGCCCCGCCGACAAACAGCAGCAGCAGCAGGAGCAGCAGCGGGGUAGGAUUUCCGCGCAACCUGCACCUGCCGCAGACGCUAACCCUUCCCCAUUCGCCGCCCCCGCCGCCGCAGAAUCCUCACAGUCGCAAUUAUUCACGCCGAGCCGCUUUAGUCUCUUCAGCAGCGCCGUAGCAUCUCGGAAAGUAGCACCCGUUAUUACUUUCGAAAGUAUCACCGCCGAUAGUAGCACAGUUACAGCCAAUCCGUUCGCGCCCCCGCAUGGUUCUGUCUUCCCAUCGCUAGCACGCCCAGCAUUCCAAGCAGACGGCAGCGCGCCGAUAUUUACCGCUGGAACAGCCGCCGCGUCGCGAGGAGAGGACGACGUUCGCCUUGCGACACCUCCGACACCUGCGACGAGUUCCCUGGCGAAUUCCUCUGCGACUUGCGACGCAACUCCUGCUCACGAUACUAGCGACAGAGGCGAUGUCGCAGGAGACUGUGAGUUGUCGCUUUCGAUCGCAACGGGGAGUUCGAGCCUCGGGGAGGCGAGAUGCGAGAGAAGCAGCGAAGCGGGCGUAGCGGAAUCAGCAGGUGGAGGUAGGUGCGCUGAAGCCGAAGGUCGCGAAACGAUCGGUGAAAGGGGAAACUGCGAGAGAUCUGGGGAAAGCCGAACCGGGCAAGGAAUUGGUGAAACCGACGGUCGGGAGGGUACAUUUGGUGAAGGUAGUAGCGGAGAAGGGAGAUUUGGAGUAGGGAGAUUUGGUGAAGAUGUCACGUGCGAGACAAGAAGCGACGAAUCCGGAGCUCGUGUAGGUGAUGGGGUUUGCGAGGGGGUUCAUACAGCGGAGGACGUGGGGCGUGGUGGCGCGCAGGAAGAGCGGCACGAAGGGCGAGAGGGACGAGAGGGGCACGAGGGACAAGUGGGGGGAAAGCAGCAAGAGGGGCAAUAUGGGCGAGAGCAGGACGAGGAGGCGUGUGUAGGGAAGGAUGCGAUAACGGAUAACUCGGUAGAUGAUGGGGAGGAUAGAGGAGAAGAGAGCGAGGGAAGUGAGGAGAGUGAGGAGAGCGAAGAAGGUGACGAGGGGGAGGAGGACGAUACUGGGAGUGAGUCGUCGUCCGCUCCCCCUAGAGCCCCUUCCCCCUCCCCACCCCCGAACCUCAACCCCCUUGCGCUGCUCGCGCUCUCGCACGCGCCCUUCCCCUCCGCCUCUUCGGUUACCAGCACCACCGCCACCACCUUUUCCGGCGGAACCAGCCCCACGCUCUCCUCCGCCGCCGCAGCCUCCUCCCGCUCCGCCGUCUCCCCGCCCACCUCCCCCUCCGCGCCCUCCGCGUUCCCCCCUUUCUCCUUCGCCCUGGCCCAAGCCGCCCACCCGAUUCCCCACCCGCGCCCGCCGUCGUCCGCCGUCGUGAACAUGGCUUCGCUAACGGCUUCGCAGAAGUUCGCGAAGCUGCUUCAACAGCUCGCGAAGCAGUCGGCGGAGCUGACGGAGCUGCGCGGGGAGCUGGCGGACGCCAAGGCGGAAGUGGCGGAGAUGCAGGCGGUACUGGCGAAGGCGGGUCUGGAUUUCGUGCGCGAGCGCAUGGAGAAAGAGCGGCUCGGGCAAGCCUGCGCGAAGCUCAACAAUGCGCUGCUCUCCUCCCGCCGGGAGACCGCGGACGAGCGCGAGCGGCGCGAGCUGGCGGAGCGGCUGGCGGUGGCCGCGGAGCUCGCGCGGAGGCAGCUGCUGGAGGAGAUCACGCUGGAGCGCGCGCAGCUCGCGCGCGCGGACAACUGGCGCGAGCACAACGUGCAUUUGAAGCUGGUCGAGGCGCAGAUGGUAGUAUCGGAAAAGGUGGCGAUCUUAGAGGUGCUGCACGCGGAGCUGGAGAAGAAGUUCCGCCAGGUGGGCGCGGGGAGGCUGUGGCGCGGGGAGGAGGAGCGCCCGUUCGGGUGGUUUCUGAGAUUUCUCAAGCAGCCCGAAGGCAAGGCGUGGGCGUUGGAGGGGCUAGGGGGGGGAGGAGAGGAGGCGGGCGGGGCGGGGGAAAAGGGAAAGGGGAAGGCGGAGGAGGCUGCUGACGGGGGUGAUGGUGCCACGCCGGGCGCUAGUUCUUCUAACGGAGCUGCUUCAAACGAGGGUGAUGCUCAGGAAGGAGAACGUAGGGGUGACAGUAAUAGUGCGAGGGACAGUACAGAGAGUGAUUCUGACGAGUAUGACAAUGACAGGACUGGCGGUAGCUCUGACUCACUCUCCGAGUCUAUCCCGCUGGUUGGGGGAGGCGGAGAUGAGCUUCGGAUCCCGAAGCUGCGGGACAGGUCCGGGAACGCAGGCGGAAGCAGCAGCAACAGUGCGCGGAUCCCAGGGCGCGGGGGAGGCAGCAGGUGCAGGUGGCGCGGCGAUCGGCUGUUAGAUGCGGGCGAGCCCAUGUGGCAGGGGGGGUACCAUGGCUGUAGCGCGUGUGGCCAUGGCAGGCCAUCGGCUGUAGCGGCUGCUGCAGCAAACAUGUGCGGUCUCUUCAGCAGUUGUAGCGGAAGGGGCGUUGGGAAUACUAGGAGUAGUGGGGUGGGUUCUACUGGCAACAGUAGUGUAGGGUCAUUGAGUGUUGAUGGGUGGCUUGGUUUGUCUGCACUUGCAUCUGUUUGCUCCUCUGAGUGGUUUGCUACAGCAGCAGCAGUCACUGUAGAAUCAGUGAACAGUGUUUGCGGUGGGGAACGGGUGGCAGCAGGUGCAGGAGCCGAGAGGCGGGAGGGAAACCUCUUGGGCAUGCGGUUACCCUUCUCGUCUUGUUUCGACACGCAGUAUACACUAUCAGCCACACAUGAUGAUUUGAAUGAUGAUGAUGCUGGUGCUGCCAGUAGUGGGAAUGGCAGAGCAGCCGAAGCAAGGCGCUGUGGCUGCAUGCACCGCAGCAGGCUCGGGCCAAGGCAAGGCAACAGGUCUGGGGCACUGUCCAUGGGCACGAAUGAUGGCGGAAUUGAGGAGAGGUCAGGGGAGCAGCGGGGCAAGGCCAAGGCGUCUGCUCUGUUGCCACCCAAGCCGCAGCGAGCCGGCAGGGGAGCAGAGAGUGGGAGUGGAGGAGGGAGAGGUUGUGGAGGAGGGGAGUACUGCCAGUGCUGUGGGCGCUGCUGUAGGUGCCCGAUUGGCAAUCGAGGGCACUAG